CUCGAAUUCUUCCUCUUAUGCAAAGAAAAAACUGUUUCACUGUAAACUUGUGAUGCAUAGAAUGGAACGCAAGCGCGUUUGUGUUGCUACACAUACAAGACAUUGGCUUUUUCAACACGUUUUCCAUUGGGAAGUACGCAUGGCACGUUUUCUUUGCCAUGUGCAACGACUUUGUCAUGCGACUUUGUCAUGCAAAGCUUGCAAAAUCCUUAGCUUACAGUGAAGCACUUUUUUCUCACGAUACCUCUCUCAGCGAAAUCAAUCGGAACUGUGGAGGAGAAACAGGUGCUUCUUGUGCACUUGAGCAGGGCGCAUGUUCUGCGGGGGAGGAAAGUGAAAGGGAGGAACCAGCUGAGCAGGCGAACCAUGCGAGUAGAGCUAGAGACGAGGAGCUCGUUAAUAGACGGAGCGUGGAAGCUGGUCUGGUACUAGAAGCCGCGCAAGGCACUGCGCGAACUGCCUCCACUCAGCAGGGCGAUUGCGAAGGGAGCAGAGUACUCGCGGGGACGGAAG